GGGCCAGUCCAGCCCAAACCAAAAUCUACUCGGGCCAAUCACGCCGUGGAUCUCAAAACGCCGUCGUCUCCGCCAUCCUCUUUCCAAUGGCGCCACCACGAAUCCUCCUGUGCGGAGAUCCUAUUGGCCACCUAAACCAGCUCUUCAAACGCGUCACAUCGGUUAACAAAUCAACCGGUCCGUUCGAUGCGUUGUUAUGCGUCGGUCAGUUUUUUCCGGACUCGUCGGACCGGUUGGAGGAGCUCACGGAGUACGUUGACGGCCGGAAGAAUAUUCCGUUACCGACGUACUUUAUCGGUGAUUAUGGAGCUGGUGCCGUUAAGGUUUUAACGGCGGCUGCGAAGGAGAAUGGAAACCUAGGGUUUAAGAUGGAUGGAUUGAAGAUUAGAGAUAAUUUGUUUUGGUUGAAAGGCAGUGGGAAGUUUGUUCUCCAUGGUUUGUCUGUGGCAUACUUGUCGGGUAGGAAAUCGUCGAGUGGUGUAAUGUACGGAACGUACAGUCAAGAUGACGUUGAUGCGCUGCGCGCAUUAGCUGAGGAACCUGGAAUUAUAGACAUAUUCUUAACUAAUGAAUGGCCGAGUGGAGUCUUGAAUAGAGCUUCAACAUCUGAUAUUCCUCCGGGAUUAUCAGAUUCGUCCGGCAGUGAUCCCAUAAUAUCGGAGUUAGUUGCGGAGAUCAAACCGCGGUAUCAUGUUGCAGGAGCUAAGGGGGUGUUUUAUGCUCGUGAACCCUACGUGAAUGUUGAUGCUGCACAUGUAACCCGUUUUAUAGGGCUGGCUGCAGUCGGAAAUGCAUCUAAGCAGAAAUUUAUUCAUGCAAUUUCUCCAACUCCAGCAUCUACCAUGUCUUCUACCGAGAUAUCAACUAAACCUCCAAAUACAACCUUGUCUCCAUAUACAUUUGUGGAAAGACCUGCUAAUGCUCACGAAGCCGAAAAACGGUCUGCUGAUGUGGCAAAUGACUCGCAGUAUUGGCGAUAUGAUGUCUCGAAACGACAGAAAGUUGGAGGUGGUGACAGUGCUAGGUUAUGUUUCAAAUUUGUUUCUUCUGAUUCUUGUCCACAAGGAGAUAAAUGUCAUUUUAAUCAUGAUAUGGAUGCACGAACACAAUCUAUGAGGGGCGUAUGUUUCGAGUUUUUAAAUAAAGGCAAAUGUGAAAGAGGUGAAGGUUGCAACCGUAAGCACAGUUUGCAGGAAGGCAGAUCAAAGGAAUGCUGGUUUUGUCUAUCGAGCCCGAAUGUGGAGUCGCAUUUAAUCACGAGUGUUGGUGAAAACUGCUAUUGUGCACUUGCUAAGGGACCGUUGGUUCCGGAUCAUGUACUUAUAUUACCAAUUGAACAUUUACCAAAUACACUCUCUUCACCUCCAGAAUUUGAGAUAGAGUUGGUUAAACUUCAAAACAGUCUCAGAGCUUAUUUCAAGAGCCGUAAAAAAGAAGUCGUUUUCUUCGAGUGGGUUUACCUAAAAACAAGCCAUGCUAAUCUACAGGCUAUCCCAAUUCCUUCAAACAGAGCAUCUGCUGUUAAGGAUAUAUUCAAUUUAGCUGCUGAAAAGUUGGGAUUCAAGUUUAUGGAAUUAAAAAGCGACAACAGUUUGGAGGGAAGAAGAUUGUUGCGCGAUCAAUUUGAUGGCAAAUUUAGUGUGUUCUAUGUGGAACUCCCUGGAGGUACAAUAUUAUCACAUACGGUUGAAGAGAACGAGAAAUUUCCCGUGCAGUUUGGUCGUGAGGUUUUAGCCGGUUUGUUAAACAUGGCAGACAGGGCGGAUUGGCGGAAUUGUAAGCUUGAUAAAGAAGAAGAAAUAAAAAUGGUGGAAAGAUUUAAAAGCAGUUUUCAAGAAUAUGAUCCAAAUGAGUGAUAGUGAGAUCAUAAUGUAUGAGGUAGUGGUCAUAUUUCUAGAGUUACAAACUAUAUUUAAGGCAUGUUUGUAUGAUGAUACUGAAAUUGCCAAAAGUUUUUUAUUACCUAGUACAAUCUUAUAUUGUUUUUUUUUUAA